AUGGCUAGCGCAAGCAACGCAGCUGGGAGCUCCAACAACCCAAGAUCAUUUGGAAGCAUCAUGAGGAGGAUGAAUAGAAACAGAGAUGCACGUCUGCCAGAAUGGUGUGCAUGCGGGGCGAGGCCAGUGCUGCGAUGGUCAGCGACGGAUUCUAAUCCAGGGAGACCGUUUGUGGGUUGCCCAAACUACAAUACUGCAGGAAAGAGGUGGUGUGGGUUGUUUCUUUGGGUGGACAAAAUUCUGGAAGAAGAUGCGGUGACAUGUGAUGGUAGAACAAGCUCCUCAAAUGACAACGAAGAAUGGAAGAUGAAGAUUGCUUGGAAACUUGGAAGACUAGAGUCUGAAGUUAGAGUUCUGAAAAUGGGGGGAAUUUUCUUGUUUACAUGCAUGCAGAUUAAACUGUUUUACAUGACUGUCCAAGAGUAA